AUAAAUACACCACAAUACCCACAAACAAAGAAAAAAAAAAAAACUGCAUGCUUAGAAACAUGUCUUCUUCUCUUGCAUUUUCAUUCUUCUUUUUCUUCCUCCUCUCACUCUCUUCAUCUUCAGAAGCUGCAGGAUCGGUCGGUAUCAACUACGGCAGAAUAGCAAAUGACUUACCAACACCAUCAAAGGUUGUUGAGCUGUUAAAAACACAAGGUAUCAACCGUGUUAAGCUCUACGACACCGAAGCCACGGUUCUAACCGCUUUAAAAAACUCCGGCAUCAAGGUUAUCGUCGCCAUGCCAAACGAGCUUCUCUCUGCAGCAGCAGCCGACCAAUCAUAUACCGACACAUGGAUUCAAACCAAUAUCUUAAGCUAUUACCCCGCAACUCAAAUAGAAGCCAUUGCUGUUGGUAACGAAGUUUUCGUUGAUCCAAACAACACCACAAACUACCUCGUACCCGCCAUGAAAAAUGUUCAUGCUUCACUUGUCAAAAAUAAUCUCGACAAAACUAUUAAAAUUUCUUCCCCAAUUGCACUCUCCGCUUUACAAUCUUCUUAUCCUACCUCAUCCGGUUCAUUCAAAACCGAACUAAUCGAACCGGUUAUUAAACCCAUGUUAAAAUUUCUCCAACAAACUGAGUCUUACUUAAUGGUUAACGCGUACCCUUUUUUCGCGUACGCCGCUAACUCAGACACAAUUUCUUUAGACUAUGCACUAUUUAAACAAAACCCUGGUGUUGUUGAUUCGGGUAAUGGGUUAAAAUAUGAUAAUCUUUUUGACGCGCAAGUUGACGCGGUUAAUGCUGCCAUGUCAGCAUUACAAUACAACGAUAUUAAAAUAACCGUUUCGGAAACGGGUUGGCCUUCGUUAGGUGAUAGUAAUGAGAUUGGAGCCGGUGAAGAUAAUGCGGCGUCGUAUAAUGGAAAUUUAGUUAAAAGAGUUUUGAGUGGAAAUGGGACGCCUUUAAAACCUAAAGACCCACUUAAUGUUUUCUUGUUUGCUCUUUUUAACGAGAAUCAAAAAACGGGUCCAACAUCGGAGAGAAAUUAUGGAUUAUUUUUUCCUAAUGAGAAAAAAGUUUAUGAUAUUUCGUUGACGGUGUCGGAGGUUAAUACAUCGUCUUCUGCGGUGGCUCCGGUGGCGGCAGGAACAGGGAGGAGUCAAGUUCCAGUGAGUGGUGGUGAUGUGUCAUCAGCGGGGAAUAGUGGGAAGACGUGGUGUGUGGCAAAUGGUGGUUAUUCGGAGGAGAAGUUACAACACGCGCUUGAUUAUGCGUGUGGGGAAGGUGGGGCUGAUUGUAGUCCAAUUCAACCGGGUGCCACGUGUUAUAAUCCGAAUACAUUGGAGGCACAUGCUUCGUAUGCGUUCAAUAGUUAUUAUCAGAAGAUGUCACGUGGCACUGGCACGUGCGAUUUUGGUGGUGCUGCUUAUGUUGUUACUCAACCUCCUAGCUAUGGAAAGUGUGAUUUUCCCACGGGAUACUAAUACUAAAAGAAAGGAUGGAAAAGAGUGGGUUAGAUUAGGUGAAUAAUCAUAUAUUAUAGAUUAUUUUUUAUUUUUUAGUAUUAUAGAUUUUGGAUGGAUUAUUUAAUUGGGAUUUGGUGGUGUUUUAGGCUUUUAUUCUUGGUUUUACAUUGAUAUAGCAUUCGUUUAGACGGUGAGAAACAUGCAUUAUUAUUCUUAUCGUUUCUUUGUUAUCAUUUUUUUUUGUGAUUAAGGAUAAAUAUUCAUUGGUUGUUAGGAGAUCUAUCGAUUUCUUUGA